AUGCAGUCCCAAGAUCCCAGCAAAUAUGUCACCCUCGUGUCUGCCGAUGGCUUCGAGUUUGUCGUUUUGCGCGACGCGGCCAUGGUGAGCCCCAUCAUCAAGGGCAUGCUGGAUCCGAGGAGCCAGUUUGCCGAGGCCAAGGACGCUCGCUGCGUCUUUCAGGAGAUGAGCGGCAUGGUGCUCGACAAAGUGGUCGAGUACUUCCACUACUGGUACCGCUUCCGGAACAGCGAGGACGUCCCCGACAUGGAGAUUCCCGUCGAGCUCUGCCUUGAACUGCUGGCCGCAGCCGACUACCUGGGGUUGGAUCAGGCCAACAUGAGCAUGAGGUGA